CCGGGGCUGAGGCCGGGGCCGGCGGCUGGGCGGUGCGGGGCCGGCAGCGCCAUGUCGCUGCGGGAGCGGAGCCCGGGUGGCGCCGUCGAAGCCGGAGAGGACGCGGCGGCGGCGGCGGCGGCGCUGCUGGCGGAGCCAGAUGGGCCGGACCGGUGCUUGUCGCUGCUGCCGUGGGACCGUUUCUCGGCCUGGCUGCACUGCGUGUGCGUGGUGGGCUUCGACCUGGAGCUGGGCCAGGCCGUGGAGGUAAUAUAUCCUCCACAUUCAAAACUCACAGAUAAAGAGAAGACCAAUAUUUGCUAUUUGUCUUUUCCCGAUUCUAAUUCAGGUUGUCUUGGGGACACACAGUUUUGUUUUAGAUUUCGACGGUCUCCUGGAAGGAAAGUCUCAUUGUGUUGUGUUCUGGACCAAUUGGAUAGAGAUCUGCCAGUUUACUUAAAGAAAGAUCCGGCAUAUUACUACGGCUAUGUAUAUUUCAGACAAGUUCGAGACAAAUCGUUAAAAAGAGGCUACUUCCAGAAGUCGCUGGUCCUCAUCAGCAAACUACCGUAUGUCCAUCUCUUUCGCACCAUCCUUAAGCAAAUAGCACCAGAAUAUUUUGAAAAAAGUGAAGCUUUCCUGGAAGCAGUUUGUAGUGAUGUUGAUCAUUGGCCACCACCAAUUCCAGGGAAAAUACUGCAUUUGCCUAUUAUGGGUAUUAUAAUGAAGUUGCGGAUUCCAACAUAUCGUGACAAGCCCGGAACAACGCCAAUAGUACAGAAUAUGCACCAGGCAGAUGCUCAGAUCUCUGUGGCUUUACCGACUGUUCACGAAGUAGAUCUUUUCAGGUGUUUCUGUCCAGUGUUCUUUCACAUCCAGAUGCUUUGGGAACUAGUAUUGCUAGGAGAACCACUCGUUGUCAUGGCACCAUCACCAUCUGAAUCUUCAGAAACCGUGUUGGCACUUAUUAGUUGUAUUUCACCGUUAAAGUACUGCAGUGAUUUCAGGCCAUACUUUACCAUACAUGACAGUGAAUUCAAAGAAUAUACAACUCGCACACAAGCCCCACCAUCUGUCAUUCUAGGGGUGACGAAUCCUUUUUUUGCUAAAACACUUCAGCACUGGCCUCACAUUAUCCGAAUUGGAGAUAUUAAACUUCCAGGUGAAGUUCCAAAGCAGGUGAAAGUGAAAAAACUGAAGAACCUAAAAACUUUGGACUCCAAACCUGGUGUUUAUACCUCUUACAAGCCAUACUUGAACAAAGAUGAAGAAAUCGUGAAACAGUUACAAAAGGGUGUCCAACAGAAACGUCCUACAGAAGCACAGAGUGUGAUUCUUCGGCGGUAUUUUUUGGAAUUGACGGAAAGUUUCAUUAUUCCAUUAGAACGUUAUGUGGCAAGCCUGAUGCCUUUGCAAAAAUGCAUAUCACCAUGGAAGAGUCCACCACAGCUGAGGCAGUUUAGCCAAGAUGACUUCAUGAAGACACUGGAAAAAGCAGGACCACAGCUCACAUCAGGUUUAAAAGGAGACUGGAUAGGACUUUACAGGCAUUUUUUGAAAUCGCCCAACUUUGAUGGUUGGUUUAGGAGCCGACAGAAAGAAAUGACGCAGAAGUUGGAGGCCCUUCAUUUAGAAGCACUCUGUAAUGAGAACUUGGUUUUCUGGAGUCAGAAACAUACUGAAGUAGAAACAGUGGAUCUUGUCUUAAAGUUAAAGAAUAAACUGUUGCAGGCUGACAGAGAACAGCUUCCUGUGAAAACUGACACACUGAAAAAGCUGCAGACACACAUCAAUGAUAUUAUACUAGCACUUCCAGAUGACUUACAGGACAUCUUGCUCAAAACUGGCACAACGUGAUUUCUACUGGGCCUUUUUUUUUUUUUUUGUGCAGAAAACAAAGGGCAAAUGUAGUUUCACAGAAGACAGUGGCUUACCAACUUCGGAACACAGCUCUAAAUAGUAUAUUAACACUACGGAUGGACUGUACUAAUAGUAUAGCCCACUAUACUGUUUUCACUGUUUUUUUCCACUUAAAUACCAAUGCAACUAAAGGAAUUCCUGUGUCUAACAUUUGAAAUAAGUGCUCUUAAAGAAAAAUCUGUGGGCAUAUGAAACUAUACCACAGUAUAGGACCACAAUGCAGUGCUGGCAUUGCAGAAUGUUUUCCAAUUGGUGCUGCUAUACCCAGUCCUGGUAACUCAGGUAUUGAUCCUGUACUGUCCUGUGAUGUAGUACCCAGUUGCUUUUCUUUCCUCUUUUAGUUUUCAUCUAGUGAUAAGCCCAACUGGCGUAUUAUGUGACUUGGUCAGAAUACAUUAUAGUUGAGGUAUUUUACUGGUAAAUCAUUGCUUUCAAAACCACUUCAGGGGCAGCUGAAAUAAUUAGAUUGGUUCUUAACUUUCUUCCUUUUUCCUCCUUGCCAUCUUUCCAAAACCGUAUUAAUUUAGCAUCUUUAAAGAAGAAUAGGCAGCUGACAAAAAUUUCCUGAACUCUCUUCCAUUCAAUGUCAGUUGAUUAGGGUGCUCUUACUCACAUGCCUUAAAUAUAAAGUAAUUGUAUACUAAUUGGUGGUUUUAAACUGCUGACAUUCAGGAUUUAAAGUGGAUCACUAGUGUAAAUGUAAGUAUGUGGUAUUCAUCACAGGAAAUAAACCCAGUGGUGUUCUAAUACGGAUUUUAAAAUUGGUGAUUUCAGUAGAAUUAGCUGAUACAUAGUCUGUUUCAGUUGGAGAUCAUAGCGGUCAGCUCCUGAUAUAAUUUUUUUAAAAUUUUUUUACUUAUAUCAGAAGGGUGUUUGAGGAGGUAAUGGGGCUGGAGGGAGAAGAUGUUGGCUUCAGCUGAAAAAACCCUAUGGAAAGGUCAAACUGUGGCAAGAAACGAUUGUAGCAUGAAAUUAUUCUCAGUAUAUGCAUAUAGCAGACAUGCGUAGAGUAAUUUCCUCUUGCAUAUUAAGCAACAAGAAUGUGAUGUUUAUCUUCUUGAACAAGUUUCAGUGGUAUGUAAGAACUCAGCUGCUCCACCUGCAGUGUUGUACUUUGACCAGUUUCAAGUAGAAUAAACUUAAUGCUAUAGUGUACACACAAUGUAUACUUUUAUAUGACAAGUGGAUCACAGUUAUAAAAAAAAAAAUCUGCUUUUAAGUGCUUGGAUAGAAUUUUAAAAAACUUAAGACAUAAUCCUGCUAUAAGAAUAUGCUUUUGUAUAAUAAAUAUUUCAUACCAUCUUUCUAAAAAUGUCUUAUUUAGAUAUAAAGUGUCACAAUGGUAUUUUUAUGAAAAUAUGUAUUUUAAUACUGUUAUGGUUUGAUACAAUUACUCAUGACCAAAAGUUUAGUGUAUCUGUUAUGUUGCUUAAACUAUACCACUUCAGCAUUAAUUUCUAACUUGCAAAUUUUUUUGCACACCCUGAUGAAUAGCAUUUCUAAUCCAGAAAUUAAGUGGCCAUUCUUAUACUAAAUUAUCUUAAAUAUUUAACCUGGAGCACUGUGUAGUUUCUUGGAACCAUGUAAACUGGUAACAACUAUGAUAACUAUCACAUGACUGCAAAUAUGUAUUUUUGUAAAAGAAAAUAAAGGGUUUGAUUUCUA